AAGAGACAUCUCUUCCCUUCUUAACAGCAUUUCUCGUUCUGCAACGGCGAGGGAGGAACACGACGAUUGGGUGACACGAUGGUGUCAUUGAAGCUUCAGAAGAGGCUUUCGGCCAGUGUUCUCAAGUGCGGGAGAGGGAAAGUAUGGCUCGAUCCUAAUGAGGUCAACGAAAUCUCCAUGGCCAAUUCGAGGCAAAACAUAAGAAAGCUGGUGAAGGAUGGCUUCAUUAUCAGGAAGCCAACAAAGAUCCACUCUCGCUCACGUGCACGCCGGAUGAAGGAGGCCAAGAGAAAGGGACGUCACUCCGGUUACGGUAAACGGAAGGGUACAAGGGAGGCAAGGUUGCCAACCAAGAUUCUCUGGAUGAGGAGGAUGCGUGUGCUGAGGCGGUUACUCCGCAAAUACAGGGAAGCAAAGAAGAUUGACAAGCAUAUGUAUCAUGACAUGUACAUGAAGGUGAAGGGUAAUGUUUUCAAGAACAAGCGUGUGCUAAUGGAAAGCAUCCACAAGUCAAAGGCUGAGAAAGCAAGGGAGAAGACUUUAUCUGACCAAUUUGAGGCUAAGCGGGCCAAGAACAAGGCAAGCAGGGAAAGAAAGUUUGCUAGAAGGGAGGAGCGUUUGGCUCAGGGACCUGGUGAGCGUGCUCCACCAGCAUCGGUUCCUCAAGCAACUGAAGGAGGAGCCAAGAAAACCAAGAAGUGAGAAUUCAAGGUGGAUAAGAAUAGUUGCUGCUGAAGACUGUAUUUUCCGGCAUACAGCGAUAUGCUUUCCAUCAUUAAAAUUUGGUUUUGGGUGCAGUUUUUCUCAAAUUUCCCUCCUUUACUCCCGGUUCUGUUUUUUUGUUCGUCUAUAUCAUAUAUUCCGGAUAAGAAACUUGAAACAAUUUGAUGUUUUGGAACAUAAUUUAAUUUUAGUUGUAGCUACUAAUUCUGGAAUCCAAUUUUUAUUGAGUUUUCA